CAACCGACGGGCGUAUAAAGAAAAACUGAAAGGUCGCGGAGCCCAAAGCAAUGCCGUGUGCCUGCGACUAUUUACGACCGACGACUGGAAGCUGGCAUAACAGAUGGCGAAUAGCUGAACGUGAGAGAUAGCCGAGAGAAAACUGCGUCGUCCUCGGUUGUAGAGAUUCGUACUCGUGUGUUAGUUUGCUGUUGCGUUGGGUUCUAGCCGAGACCGUCAGUUUAUGAUGAGUGGUUGGAGCUGCUACUUUGUCUCCUGCUGUGCAUUGCUCUACCUCCUCAUCCAGCCACAGAGUACUGGUGCUCUGGAGUGUCUGUGCAACGACUGUAAGACUGGAGUCUGCCACACCGAGGCCGGAGGAGCCUGUUUUGUACAGAUACUGGAAGCAGAGCGGGUCAAAAUAAGCGGUUGCACCUCGGAAUCCUUCGUUCCAGACUACUGCGGCACUGACCAAUCAGACGACUCGAAGGCCUGUUGUUUCAGUAACUACUGUAACCACUGGAGCACCACUAGCAGUAGAGAGGCCAGGAUCAGUGAUAAAAACAAGACGGGAAUGGAGACUGACGAAUCAACCGGCUCGUCGGGCGGAGACACCUUGGAAACCAUCGCCAUAGUAUCCGGCGUCAUUGCUAGUUUCUUCAUCAUCAUAGCGGCGUCCGUCUCUCUCUCCUUCUUCUACUGUUACUGCUGUCACCGGCGGAGUGACAGGGAGAGGACGGAGGACAUGGGCGAGUGUGGCGAUUCCUCACCUUCUCCUGUGGCCAGUAUCGGUCCAGUCGCCUUCCAACCUCAGGGCAUCUCCCUGGGCAAGCUGAGCACACAUCCAUUCCCCUCCCUCCAACAGCGCCACAUUGUCCAGCACACCAGUCUCCAGAAGAACCUGGAGAAGGGGAGGUUCUGUGAUACCUACAUCGGAGUGUGGAGGAGAGACCAGGUCCUCGUGAAGGUCUUCAGCGAGAAAGCCGAGAGGAUUUGGUUCAAUGAGAGCAGAAUACACCAGCUCCAACACAUGCGUCACGAAAACGUCCACUGUUUCUAUGCCACGGACAACCCAGACUCCUCAUCACACCAUUUCAUCGUCCUCGAGUACCACAGACACGGCUCGCUCUACGAAUACCUCCAGAAAACGACGCUGCAUUCCUACAACGUCGUCACGUUUGCGAUGGCCAUCGCGGACGGACUGGCGUUCCUGCACUCUGACCUUAGCGAUGAGUUGGGAAGAAAGCCUUCCAUAGCCCACAGGAACAUCAGCAGCGAGAGCAUCUAUGUGACUGCAAAUGGCUCAUGUUGUAUCUCGGAUUUCUCACUGGCCGUCACGAGCGCAGACAACCCCGCAGACCUAUCAUCCACCACCACUCCUAAUCCCGACUACAGAUAUCUGGCCCCCGAGUUCCUGGCCAGCCCUCCAGCCACGCCCACUCUAGAGACCCUCAAGAAAGGAGACAUUUAUUCCUACGGUCUCGUGCUGUGGGAGAUUGCCAGACGAUGCUCUGUACUAGGGAUGGUAGAGAGUGUGUGUCUGCCCUACUCCACAGUUCUCCAACAGACUCCAGUCCAGAGAGACGAAAUGAGAGAUAUUGUCAUCACCCGCGACCUUCGACCUCCCGUACCCGACCAGUGGAAUAGGGAUGAGACAAUGAGAAUUAUCCUGAGAACAAUCACGGAGUGUUGGCACGGCAACAGCACGGUCAGGCUCACUCCGCAGCGAGUCAAAAAGACACUCUGGAAGCUGAGUCAGCAUAUUCAGCCGAAAAUGUACGACAAGAACGGCAAGCUACUGACAAUAGAGAGAAACCGUCCGUUGUCAGAAUCACCCGUUCAAAUGGUAUAACACGCUCCUUCAUAAUAAAUUGCAUCAGUAUUAUUAUCUCGUCUUCUCAGCCAACUUCGAUAUUAUUAUCACUCUCCUAUUAUUAUUAACAACUUUUCUCUGUGCGUUUGUAAACUUUUGCCUCUUCAUUUGUUUCUCGUUGCCAAAAUUAUAUAUAGCAGUGUUUGUAGAUGUGUAUAUGUUUAACAAAUUAUGAUUUCUCAUUUGUGUUGUUCAAACUCCGCCCAAAAGCAAGGCUUUCUCAAUGCAUUUUCUAAUUCCUGCAGUCCAUUUUACCUCAUCAAACUUUUUCUUUCGUUUUUCUUUUUCAUAACAAAAUUGACGUUUUUUUCUUUCAAGAUUUGUUUGUAUCUUAUAAAUUUUUAGUGUGUUGUGCGCCCAGUGUGUUUUUUGUUCAUCAAUUGGAAGAUUUAUUGUUGCUUUUGUCUGUACGUGAAUUCCAUGCAAGUCUCUUAUCUUGAUCAACUAAACUUGGUUUGGCUGUCGUGCUACAAGCCACCAGGUGGAAAUUCAAGGCCACCUGCUUCACCAGUCUCUUCUUGCU